AUGCCGAGCUUAGGAGGCUUGUUGAAGAAGCGGCGAACAAAGGACUCGCAGACCUUGUCCAAGGAGCUGACCCAAGCGAAUACUGACCGAUCCGAUCACUCAUCAAACCCGGACGCCAACCCGGACAAGGCUGAAGGUCAAGGCGCCUCCAUGCAAUCCGCCGAGCCGUCGCAAGAAUCCUCCCACCAUGCCCCCUCGUCCAACAAUGCUGCCAGCAUCAACAAUCUCAUAAAUGCUCCGGCCAAUGCCGGGAGUACUCAGAGUACUCAGUCCCCCGCACACAAUGCGAAUGCGACACCCAGUACGCAGCCACAGCCCCGCCAAGAGCGUACCACUCGGGGCAAGUAUUCGCAGGGGGACUUUAUGUUGCAGCGCACAUUGGGCACUGGUAGCUUUGGUCGAGUACAUUUGGUCCAGUCGAAGCACAAUCAUCGCUUCUAUGCUAUGAAGGUGUUGAAGAAGGCCCAGGUGGUCAAGAUGAAGCAAAUUGAGCACACUAAUGACGAGCGUCGGAUGCUCAAUCGCGUUCGCCAUCCAUUCUUAGUGACAUUGUGGGGAACUUGGCAAGAUUCACGGAACCUCUACAUGGUGAUGGAUUUUGUUGAGGGUGGCGAGCUCUUCAGUUUGCUACGAAAGUCACAACGAUUCCCUAAUCCCGUUGCCAAAUUCUAUGCUGCGGAAGUGACACUUGCAUUGGAAUAUUUGCACCAUCACCAGAUCAUUUACCGAGAUCUGAAGCCAGAGAAUCUACUGCUGGACCGUCAUGGUCACUUGAAGAUCACAGAUUUCGGCUUUGCCAAGGACGUCCCCGAUAUCACCUGGACCCUGUGCGGAACCCCCGAUUAUCUUGCUCCGGAAGUAGUUUCCUCGAAGGGAUACAAUAAAUCCGUCGAUUGGUGGUCAUUGGGUAUUCUCAUUUUCGAGAUGUUGUGCGGGUUUACCCCGUUCUGGGAUAGCGGGUCCCCGGUGAAGAUCUACGAGAAUAUCCUCCGCGGCCGAGUCAAGUACCCGCCAUACUUGCACGAUGAUGCCGUCGAUCUCCUCUCACAGCUGAUCACUGCGGAUCUCACCAAGCGUCUGGGCAACUUGCACGGCGGACCUCAGGACGUCAAGAGCCACGCCUGGUUCGCCGAGGUCACCUGGGAUCGCUUGGAACGCAAGGAUAUCGACGCUCCCUACAUCCCGCCGAUUCGCGGUGGACAGGGAGAUGCAAGCCAAUACGACAAAUAUCCCGAAGAGACGGAGCACUACGGCAUGGAGGGUGAAGAUGCAUACGGUCAUCUUUUCCCCGACUUCUAA